CUUCCAUCUAGUUGUCUAACAUUGUACAAGAUGGCGGCGCUCGUAGGGAUUCGUGCAUGUUUCUCUGCUCUUCAGCUUUCCUCGCCGGGUCUUCUGCACACCUCCUAUAAAGUGUGUGCAGUGCCAUUUACUCGGCGGAACUUUGCAGCAGAGGCCAAGGUUAAGAAAACAUACGCGAGAGACAAACCCCAUGUUAACAUCGGCACGAUUGGACAUGUCGACCAUGGCAAGACCACUCUCACAGCUGCCAUCACCAAAGUGCUGGCGGAGGCUGGAGGCGCCAACUAUAAGAAGUAUGAGGACAUUGACAAUGCUCCUGAAGAGAAGGCCAGGGGUAUCACCAUAAAUGCGUCCCAUGUAGAGUAUGCCACAGCCAACAGACACUACGCGCACACAGACUGUCCUGGCCAUGCUGACUAUGUCAAGAACAUGAUCACGGGCACGGCUCAGCUUGACGGCUGCAUCCUGGUGGUGGCCGCCACGGACGGCCAGAUGCCCCAGACCAGGGAGCACCUCCUGCUGGCGCGGCAGAUCGGCGUGGAGAACGUUGUGGUGUUUGUGAACAAGGCGGAUGCUGUGGAGGACAAGGAGAUGCUGGAGCUCGUGGAGCUGGAGAUCCGUGAGCUGCUCACCGAGUUCGGCUACGAUGGCGAGAACACGCCCGUGGUCAUCGGCUCGGCUCUCUGCGCCCUGGAGAACAGACAGCCAGAGCUGGGAGCAAACGCUGUGUUGAAGCUUCUGCAGGUUGUGGAUGAAUAUGUUCCGCUGCCCAAAAGAGAACUCGAUAAACCCUUCCUGCUGCCUAUCGAGGGUGUCUAUUCCAUCCCAGGCAGGGGUACAGUGGUGACUGGCACUUUGGAGAGGGGUGUCAUCAAGAAGGGUGACGAUUGUGAGUUUGUGGGUCACAGCCGCGCUUUCAAGUCGGUGGUCACUGGCAUCGAGAUGUUCCAUCAGUCUCUGGACCGGGCCGAGGCCGGGGAUAACCUGGGGGCUCUGGUCCGAGGGCUGAAGAGGGAGGACAUCAGGCGAGGGAUGGUGAUGAGCAAACCAGGCUCCAUACAGCCCCACCAGAAAGUCCAGGCCCAGGUUUAUAUUCUGAGUAAGGAGGAGGGAGGAAGACACAAGCCCUUUGUCAGCAACUUCAUGCCUGUCAUGUUCUCUCUCACCUGGGACAUGGCCUGCAUGGUCACCCUGCCCCAAGACAAGGAAAUGGUGAUGCCAGGUGAGGAUACUUCUCUGACCCUGACGCUGCGCCAGCCUAUGGUUCUGGAGAAAGGUCAACGCUUUACUCUCCGAGACGGAAACAAAACUAUUGGCACCGGCCUGGUUACUGAAAUACUUACCGCAACAGAAGACGACGGUUGCAAUUGGGGCUGAGGAGAGAAUGGGGGGGGGGGGGGGGGGAGAGACUAAUUGGAAAAGGGGAGGUGUGGGUGGAGGGGGUGGUUGUCUGUCCAAUAUAUCACACACAUACACUUUCUGCAGUAAGGAGAAGCCGAGACUGCAUGGCUCUGCUUCACUGACCAACCAAAUGACCUACAGUGAGAUACAGUUCAGCGUUGUCUUUCUGUGAAAAGGCCAGACUGUCUGCUUGUGUAAUAAUAAAAUGUAUUUAAUAGUAAAACAUGCCAUGUUUUUAUCAUUUUUAUUUUUUUGGGUAAGUUUGCAUAUUAAUUUCUGUGAUUUAGCCUCUACUUCGUUAUGAUUUACUUGCUGCUUCUAUGGCAGCGUUUCACAAACAUCUGUGAUUGCCUGGUUUGAAAUUGGGUCGGAGGAGAGGACUGUUUGGUUCCUAACUGUUAUACUGUUCUUGUCAACGGAGUGGUUUCUGUGUCUACAAAUGUGCCCAGUGGGUUAUAGUUGUUGGGGGUUCACAGUCUGCUGUCUUAAUGGUGGUUGAUGGCUGAGAAUCCACUCCGAGGUGUUGUUGCUGGCCUGUACUCCAUACUUGAAGGAUGUCUUGAUGUGCUACAGUGGUGAAACUAAAACUUCAUCACAAAUUAAACAACACAAAAUCGGAAUUGAUUGUGAAAACAACCUUGGUGCGGGCAGGCCCAUACUGGAAGGGGGAGCAGAUCUUCCAUGUUUAUAUUGAUGUUCCAGGCCAACUGCUAAGGGCUUGUUUACAUUGAGAGAAUAACAUUUUAGAUUUACUGGUGAAAUACACAGCAUAGGUGUCAGAAGGUAGGAAAUUGGAAAACGUUGGUCGGACACAGUAAUUAGCAUGACAGAAUCUACAUGUUCAAAAAGAACCAGAGAUUAUCUAAUACCAAGCACUGGGGGUGAACUAUCAGGAGGUGGUGCUCACAGACCCUCAAUAUCACUUUGUACAAUGACUUAUGUGGAUGAAAUCCUAAAAUGUACAGAGGUGGGGUGUAUAGCCAUGGGAUUAUGGAGUAUUGUAAUAAAUUAUGGCUGAAUCUGUU